GAUGAAGUCUCUAAUUUGCCUCGUGACUCUUCCUAUUCUUGGUUUUGCCUACCCUCCCAGACUUGGCGAUCCAUUCAGCCCGCUUGGCCCAUGGACAAACAGAGGACCACCAUGUGGACUUCCUCCGUUUGUUGACAAAUUGCCAGAAGAUGCACAGGAGAAAGUCCGAGCUAUCUGGAGCAAUUAUAAGGAGGGAGAUGAUUGCAUGAAGGAGCACAAACAGACUAAGGAUAUUCUUCAUGGUCUCUCUGAAGAAGAGCGAGAGAAAAUUAUGGGCGGAAAAUGUGGACCAAGUUUUCUUCGCAAUGUUUCGUCUACAGUAAGACGGGAAUUCCGUGCAGUUUGGUUCGAUCACCGUCUUAGCUUAGAAGCCAAAGAACUAACUCUAAAGCGACUCGCAUAUUCUUUGCUCAGCGGAGAAUCGCUUGCACUUUACGUAAAAUGGGAAGAGGAGCUACAACAGCGAAAGAAAGAGCUUGAAGAGAAGAUCGCUGCUCUUUCGCCCGCUGCAAAAGAAGCUUACGAAGGUUGGAAAAAACUACGAAUGCAGGAGAAGCUAUAUCUGGCUGAGCUACCCAAGGAAAUUCGAGAAGAGCUGCGAUCUCUUUGCGGUUGGCGCAAAAAGGAGACAACAACCACUGAAGCACCUUCCAGCACCACUGAAUCAGUACAAGAAACUACACAGGUAACCGACCCGACGACCACGGCACAACCAAUAAUCGAAGAGAAGGCGAAAGAAGUGGAAUUCGCAGCAUUCCUU